AUGGACUUCUCCUAUUUCUUCUCCUCCUCCUCUUCUUCUUCUUCUACUACUUCACCAAUCUCCAACGUUCCUCAAGAUAAGAAACCGAAGCGCAAAUCACCACAGAAGCAACAAGAUAACAGCAGCAAUGGCACGGGUGGCAGCACGAGAUAUCUCGGAGUGCGGCGUCGCCCAUGGGGGCGAUAUGCGGCGGAGAUACGUGACCCGGCGACCAAAGAGCGCCACUGGCUUGGCACGUUCGAUACCGCCGAGGAGGCCGCCGUCGCAUACGACCGCGCCGCCCGCACCCUCCGCGGCCCCCGCGCCCGCACCAACUUUGCCUAUCCCGACCUCCCACCUGGCUCCUCCCUCACUCCCUUCCUCUCCCCUGACCUCCAACAACACAACCUUCUCCUCCCCUUCUACACCUCGUCAACCACUCAUGACUCCCCUCGACCCCCCGCGGUCCCCUUACCCCACCACCAACCUUUUGCCGGCCAUGAAGCCAUGAAUGCUGCUGGAAUCCACCAACCGGAUCAGCUCUACUAUUCUUCUUCUUCUUCUUCUUCUUCUUCUUCGCUGUUAACUCCUCUCACACCCUCUCCAACGCCAAUGGCUUCGCUGAAGGCGAUGCCAUCGGAGUCGGAUGCUCCGCUGGUGGAGUGCUCCAACGCUGGGCUGGCGGAGGAGGUGGCGGCGGCGAUGUGGUGCGACGUGGGGGAGUUCAACGCAUGCGGCUCGCCGGUGCCGGCGAGUGGUGGCUGUGGAGGGAUGUUCUUCGAGGAGGGGUACGUGCACAGCCCAUUGUUCGGGCCGAUGCCGGCGGUGGACGACGCUGCGGCGCCGCCGGGGCUCGCCGACGGGUUCCAGCUGGGGGGCUCCUCCUCCUCCUCUUGGGGAUCCUCCUCCUCCUCUUACUUCUUUUGAGUUUUUGACCUUGACUUUUCUUCUUUGAGCGUGCGGGCGCCCGCAUGGACGUGGCGUGGGGUUGUGCGGGGUUGUUUGGCUCUUGGGUUUGCGUUGGGCUUCAAGGUUUUUCUUUUUCCCUACCCUUCUGUUU